AAAAACAAACUAUAUAAAAAAGAGAGAGGAUGAUGGAGAAGUUACAGAGUUUCCACUAUGCUUUGCUUGCUGGUUUCACUCUUGCUGUUCUGAUUCAUGCUCAGGAUCAAUCAGGAUUCAUUAGCAUAGAUUGUGGCUUAUCAGAAGGUUCGGACUAUACAGAUGGUGUUACUGGCAUAAAGUAUACUUCAGAUAAAAACUUCACAGAUGCUGGAAUAUCAAUGAAUGUAUCUUCCGAGUUCCAGAAUAUAGGCGAUGAAGCACAGUUUAAUAAUGUGAGAAGCUUCCCUGAAGGUAAAAGAAACUGUUACACACUGAAUCCUGCCCAAGGAAAAAAUGGUAAGUAUUUGAUCAGAGCCCGUUUCAUGUAUGGAAAUUAUGACGGCCAAAAUAGUGUGCCCAAGUUUGAUCUGUAUUUGGGGGCUAUUCUCUGGGAGACAAUAAUUCUGGAGGAUGCUUCCAGUAUUUUAACAACGGAGAUCAUACAUGUUCCUUCAACAGAUUAUAUAUAUGUGUGUCUUAAUAAUACGAACCGCGGAGAACCAUUCAUUUCAGUGCUAGAGCUUAGGCCUUUGAAUAGUUCGCUUUACCAGACACAGAAUCCGUCGACUGAAUCCCUUCUACUCCAAGGACGAUAUGACGUAGGCUCUACAACAAAUAAAUCAGUCAGAUAUGUCGACGAUAUAUAUGAUCGCAUUUGGAAGCCCCUAAGCUUUUCUGGUGAUAAAACGUUGAGCACCUCCAUCACCAAUACUGAUACCCAAACUCUCAAUACUAGCUCUUUCCAAGCACCAAUCUCUGUCAUGAGUACAGCCGCCAUACCAUCAUCUGAUGAUGGAAGCUAUACCUUUUAUUGGAAUUUGUCUACAGAUCCAAAUUUCUUAUUUUAUUCUUACAUGUAUUUUGCGGAACUUGAGAUCUUAGACAACCAAACCAGAGAAUUCAUGGUGCACGAAACGGGGGCACUCCCUUAUGGGCCUUAUAGUCCUCGUUACAUGUCCACUUUCGAACACUACCAAUUAUCACCACAAAAAGGCGGAAUUAUCGACAUUAAAAUCAGUAAAACUGAGAAUUCCGACCUUCCACCCAUUCUGAAUGCCAUUGAGAUCUACAGGGUCAAAGAUUUCUCACAAUCGCAAACUCUCCAAGUUGAUGUAAAUGCUAUGAUGCAUAUAAAAACAACCUAUCAUGUGAAGAAGAACAGCUGGCAAGGUGACCCCUGUACCCCUGAAGGAUACCGCUGGGAAGGCCUUAAUUGCAGCGGCGGCUCUGAGGAUAAUAGUCAUCUUAGAAUAAUUUCUUUGAACUUGUCUUCGAGUAAAUUGACUGGCGAAAUAGUUCCAUUCUUUGCGGAAUUGGCAUCACUUCAAUAUCUAGAUCUAUCAGAUAAUAGCUUAACUGGAGCAGUGCCUGAUUUCUUAUCUCGACUGGCAUCCUUGAGAGUCCUAAACUUAAAAGGAAACGGGUUCACAGGAUCACUUCCUGCUGAACUCAAGAAACGGUCGGAGGAUGGAUCACUUACAUUAAGUGUGGACGACCUGUCUUCUUCAAGCCGAAAAAAGAACGGGUUUGUUAUUCCACUGGCAGUAUCAGUUGCUGCAACGUUGUCCGCGCUCAUAAUUGGAUUGGCUAUCUUCUGCAGCCUUAAGGCAAGGAGAAAACAUGUUGUUGCAAAGGUGGAAACCCAACUUGCAAAUAAAAAUGAUUCAUUUGCAUCAAAACAUUGGCGAUUUGCAUAUUCUGAUAUCAUAAAAAUCACCAAGAACUUCACAACAGUUCUUGGUAGAGGAGGAUUUGGAACAGUUUAUCACGGCUGCAUAGAUAAUAUUGACGUAGCUGUGAAGAUGCUCUCUCCAUCAUCCGCCCAAGGUUACAAAGAAUUCCACGCAGAGGUUGAACUUCUGAUGAGAGUUCAUCAUAGAAAUUUGACUGCUCUCGUUGGCUACUGCAUUGAAGGCAGCAAUAUGGGGCUUAUUUAUGAGUACAUGCCUAAGGGAACCUUGGAACAACAUUUGUCAGGUAAUAAAAAUCAAUAUUCCUUGAGCUGGGAAGAAAGAAUGCAAAUAGCGUUGGAUGCUGCCCAGGGCUUGGAGUAUCUGCACAAUGGUUGUAAGCCACCAAUGGUCCACAGAGAUGUGAAGCCUUCAAACAUCUUAUUGAAUGAAAAGUUACAAGCCAAGAUAGCUGAUUUUGGCCUAUCCCGUGUAUUUUCAACUGAAAGUAGCACUAGUAUAUCAACCGUUGUUGCUGGCACCACGGGAUACCUUGACCCAGAGUGCUUGGUUGUGUCCAGCUGGUUGACUGAAAAGAGUGAUGUCUAUAGCUUCGGACUUGUUCUUUUGAAUAUAAUCACAGGCCAACCGGUGAUACUGAAAUCCUGCGGAAAUACUCACUUAAGUGAGUGGGUAAAAUCCAGGCUCGCAAGGGGGGAUAUUAGAAAAAUAGUUGAUCCCCGUUUGGGGGGAAAUUUCAACAUUAAUUCAGCGUGGAAAGCUGUGGAACUAGCUCUAGCUUCUGCUUCUCACGCUUCCUCUAAGAGGCCAACCAUGAUUGAGGUAGUGAUGGGAUUGAAAGAGUGCUUAGCAAUACAACUUGGCCAAAAUGAUUACGCCAAUGCCACAGUAAUUAACACUACACUUCUGGAUUCUGAUAUUGCUCCCUUAGCAAGGUAGUAUAGCAUUAUUUAAUUUCUUUCUAGGAAUCUUGUGGAUCUUUGAAGUGGUGUAGUUCAGUCCCUGUAACUAUUAUAGUACUUUCCAUCUUUGUUGGAUCCCAGGAAGAUGCAUGGAGAUGGAUUGUGUUGGUUUCGUUUUGUUUCUCAAAUAUGAACUGAGUAAAGUAUUACUGUUUUAUCAUGUAGGAGUCUCUAUUAAUUGUCAAAAUCAAUUUCUAGCU